AGCAGUUAUUUGGAUAAAAUUUUUAAAUCACGUGCAGUUUUUGCCUUUUGCCUAAUGCUAUGUUUUGAUCGUAGUACAAGAUGGCGGAUGUUCCACUAAUAAAUGAUGAAUGCAUGAAUGAUCCUGAAGAAGGAUUCGAGAAAUCAUUGACACCGCUCAAGCGUAUACAAUACUACGCCAAAUCGACUCAGACCUGUAUAAGAUAUAAACUGCCUAAGGCCGUAUUAGACGAAUUCCGAACAUGUCCACCAGAAAUAUUGAUAGAAGACCUUCCGGAUAUAAUGAAGAUUCUUACAGAAGUGUCAGGAGAAUCGAUCUUGAGGGCUGAAUUACUAGAGCAAAUACCACAUAUUGCCGCACAAGCACUAGCAUGCUCAACUCGAGUGAGUGCAUUCAAGAAUGUUGUAGGAGAUUAUCUCAUUCCGUUGCUAGUAAGAAAUUUAGGGUGUUACGAUAUCACUUCCACCCUUAUUCAACUGAUAGAACAACGUUUUAUAUCAAAACUUCAAGCCGAAAUACAAAUAUGCCCCACAAUUUUGGCGCUUACAAAAUCACAAACGGCCGCAGAGGUACAAAUCACUGCUGUAGAUUUAAUGAGCAAAUUGGCACCGUUACUUGGUCGGGAUGUCACCGAACGAGUAUUCCUCGGCCGUUUCGCCGAAUUAUGUUCCAGUUCGAAGUCUUAUAUACGUAAAGUAUGCGCCGCGUAUUUUGGACACUUUUGCGCGGUCGUCAGUAGAGAAUCCGUUGAAAAAAUUUUGUUGCCCCAAUAUUUAACAUUGUGUGUAGAUGAAACCUGGUUGGUGAGAAAAUCUUGCGCAUAUGUAGUUACGUAUGUGUCGUGUGCUUGUACGUACACCACGAGAACAACGAAAUUGGCCCCUGCUUUUGCUGUUUUACUCCAAGACGAUUGUCGAUGGGUUAGAGUAUCGGCUUUCCAAUCAUUGGGACAUUUCAUAUCGACUUUUGCUAAUCCGCCCAUCACAAUGAUGGAAUAUAAUAGUAACGGAGACUUGGUUUUGAUUGAUGGAGCAGGCAGGGAAUAUUUCGUUCCUACACUCACCAUGACUGAACGAGUGGCUUUACUUAGUACGGAGAAAUUCAAUUUUUUCGCAUACUACGACGAUUACGAUGUAGACACUGAGGAGCUAAUCGCGAAUGGAUCAGACGUUACUGCAGGAGAUUCGAACGAGUUGCAAGAAACUAAAAGCGGCGAUAAUUAUAUCGAAAAUUUAAUAAACAUAAAAGAUAUUUUAGAAGAACCAAAUAAUGUGAUAUCGUCUAAAACAGAAUGUGAUACUAGUGAAAUUAUUAACAAAGAGUUAAAAGAUGAUAAACAAAAUAUUAAACUAUGUGUAAAUAAUACGGAUAUAAAUAUAGAAAAUAGUAAAAAUUUAAAUAGUAAUGAUAAAGAACUGUGUCAAUUAAAUUCGAAUGUCUGUAAAGAAGAAAAUAAAGACAUACGCGACAACGACAUUAAGGUAAAUAUCAAUAAUAACGGUACGAUACAAGAUGAUUUGCAUUUAUUUUACUCACACAAUUAUUGGUAUAUAAGUCCCGAGUUGCCUUUAGAUCCGAACAUAGUUACCGCUGGAGAUUAUAGUAUAUUAGUUGCCGAUGGUACUGGAGAUGCUCGAGUUACUUCACAAAAUAAUUCAACUUUGAACAAUACGACCGAUAACAACAAUUCAACUAUAUCAUUGGAAGAUAUAGACGAACAGAAUAAAGGUCAGGAAUCUAAAGAUACCGCUGUAAAUGAAGAACCAGAACAAACAAUAGUUCCUCAAAUUUUAAUAGACCGUUUUAUAUCAAUGACAUACCCGAUAUUAUCGCUUAACGUCGAAGAUGAAGUGGCUUACUAUUGCGCGCAAUUUUUACCAGCAGUAGUUUUAACAUUGGGUCGUUCUAAUUGGCACUUGCUCAAAGAUACCGUAUUUUCUUUAGCCGGGAACAUGCAAUAUAAAGUUAGAAGGACAGUAGCUAGUAGCCUACACGAAUUGGCCAUCAUUCUAGGACCUGAAAUUGCCACCAACAGUUUAACUCAAUUGUUCGAAGGUUUCCUCAAAGAUCUUGAUGAAGUAAGAAUAGGUAUAUUGAGACAUCUAGCGGCAUUUUUGAAAUUGAUCGAUGCGCCUAAAAGGAAUACAUAUCUUCCGAGGUUUUCGGAGUUCUUACAGACCGACAACGAAUGGAACUGGAGAUUUAGGGAGAAAUUAGCUAACCAAUUAUUAAAAGCAAUGGAUUUGUUCAAGCCGAAAGAUGUUGCGAAGCAUAUUUUCGGAAUUUCCAUGGAUUUGUUAAGUGAUAAAGUUGCGGCUGUCAGACAGGCAGCUUUAGCAUUAGUCGUAAAAUUGAUAUCGUAUACAUCGUCUGAGCUAAACUUAACGUCAAAUUUAUUAAUGAAGUUAGUUGAAAAUUUUGCUCAUUCGAAAAAAUGGAAACGUAGACAGACGUUCUGUUUAUUGUGUAUAGAAUUGUUGAAAGAAGAUGCCUUAGAUUAUGAGUUAUUCAUAUCAGAAGUGAUGCCCCAUUUGCUAGAUUUGAGUUGGGACCCAGUGGCCAAUAUUCGUUUAGUCGUUGCCAGAUGCAUAUCUAAAUAUAUUUAUAAAAAUGAAAAAUUUAUAGAAGCUUCCAGAAACGAUUACGAGGGUAUCGAAGCUGUCUUAAGAAGACUUCAAGCAGAUAAAGAUUGUGAUGUACGUCAAUGCGCAGAAAUUUAAUAAAAACUUAUAUAUAUUUUGUUGUAAAAUAGGUUAACAACCAAUUGUUUCUCAGUGGCCUAAAGAUUUAGAUUCAUCUUUUAAUUAUUAGACUUAAUAUUUCAUUUCUGUAUGUUUGUUCAUUAGAUUAUUUUGUAUAUUUUGUUGUACUUUUUUAUUAUGUGUAAUAUAUGUAUGAAUUUUCAAAAAAUAUAUUUGUCUAAAUUCUUGA